GGAUAUUUUACUUUCAGUUUGUUUUUACGUAUCACAGAGUUCUGUCUCUCACUAUGGGCAAGCCACAGAAGAAAAAGAACCUCUCUGACAAAGUGCGGAAAACAAAAACCACCACAGAAAUUAAAAACAAUCCAUUUGAGGUGAAGAUAAACAGGCAGAAGUUUGAAAUUCUUGGACGAAAGUCGAAACAUGACAUAGGCCUGCCAGGGGUGUCGAGGUCUAAAGCCAUAAAAAAGCGUAAAGAGACUCUUCUGAAGGAGUACAAACUAAAAGACAAGUCAAAUAAGUUUAUUGACAAGCGGUUUGGUGAAUAUGAUACUAAAAUGGCACCAGAAGACAAGAUUUUGAAGAGGUUUGCUUUAGAAAGACAGCGUAACCAUGAAAAGAAGGACAUCUAUACCCUGAAUGAAGAGGAGGAACUGACCCAUUUUGGACAGUCAUUGGCAGACAUUGAGAAACUGAAUGACAAUUUUGACAGUGACAGCGAUACUGAGGAAAAGGGUUUACUAUCAGCGGAGUUCACGGCUGCAAACUUUGGAGGGGGUGGGGGCCUGCUGAGGAAGAAAUCUCUGUCGGAGCAGAAGGGAGAGGAUAAUGACCAAAAACCCAAAUCCCGCAAGGAACUCAUAGAGGAGUUGAUUGCAAAAUCCAAGCAAGAGAAGCAUGAGCGGCAGACCCAAAAAGAGGAGUCCCAGGUGCUGACUGAGAAACUAGAUAGUGACUGGAAAUCCAUCCAGAGUCUUCUGGCUCAUAAUACUCCCAAAUCUCAGAGACCAGUGCAGGUGGAAAAACCCAAGCCAGAUGAGUAUAACAUGAUUGUACGGGAGCUGGGGUUUGAGAUUAAAGCUCAGCCUUCUGAAAGAAUGAAGACCAAGGAAGAAUUGGCCAGAGAGGAACGAGAGCGUCUUCAGAAGCUGGAGGCAGACAGACUUCGCCGCAUGCAAGGAGAUUUUGAAGAGGAAGGUGCUAAGAGACCCACUCACCUGUCAGCAGAUGAUCUGAACGAUGGAUUUAUCCUAGAUAAAGAGGACCGGCGGAUGCUUACAUAUCACGAUGGAAAAUUAAAUGUGGAAUUAGGUGAUGAGUCAGGAGAGGAGGAGGUGGAAGAAGGAGAAGGAGAAGGAAGAGAGGGAGAGGGGGAAAGUGAGAAUGAAGAGGGAGAUGAGAGCCCUGAUGAAGAGGAGGAGGAAGAGGAAGGGAAUGAUGCUGAGGACAGUCACUCGGACCUGGAUUCUGAAGUGGACAGUGAACCCGAGGGGGAAGAGAAGAUGAUGGCAGAAGAAAACCAAUCCAAAGCAGAGAAGGCACUAAGUGAGGAGCAAUCUGCGCAGAAAGAGGCUGCUAAAGCAGAGCUCCCGUAUACCUUUGCAGCUCCUGAAUGCUACAGUGAUUUGAAGUCUUUACUAAUAAGCCAUUCUGCAGAGCAACAAUGUAUUAUAAUCGAUAGAAUUCUGAAGUGCAACCACCCAAGCCUUGCAACAGGAAACAAAGCAAAACUGGAGAAAUUGUUUGGCUUUGUACUGGAAUACAUUGGAGAGUUGGCAACAAGACAACACCCUGAGCUGAGCACAAUUAAUAAACUCAUCCCGCAACUAUAUGCUCUUUGCCAGCUUUUUCCUGAAGCUGCUUGUAAAGCUGUUCAGUCAGUUUUUAGAGACAGUGCACAUGAAAUGGAAGAAGUAAUAGAGGUGAAAGGUCGUGCACCAUUUCCAGGCCUGGACAUGCUGAUUUACCUUAAAAUCGCAGCACUUUUGUUCCCGACCUCUGAUUUCCGCCACCCUGUAGCGACACCUGCUCUUGUUUACAUGAGUCAGUUGCUUACCAAAUGCCCAGUUACUACAUUGCAGGAUGUGGCGACAGGACUUCUGCUGUGCUGUUUAUUGGUGGAAUAUAUAUCUCUGUCCCACCGAUUUGUACCUGAACUUAUCAACUUCCUGCUGGGAAUCCUUCAUCUUGCUGUUCCAGAAAAGCAGUGCUUAGGUUACACAGUUGUUCCCCCCUUCAAGACAGUGGGGAAGAGUUGCAACUUGUUAGUUGUGAAAGAUGAAACGGUGUCUGAGUCUUGGACGAAGAAGUGUCUUCCAAUGUCUGCUGUUCAAGGGCUGGAGCUUAAGGAUGAAUUAGAAAAAGACCAUUUCAGGUUCUCCUCCUUAAACACCUGUUUAGACCUCAUUAAAAGGUGUACAUCAUUCUUUGGGUCACUACCUUCAUUCAGCAAGAUAUUUCAGCCAAUAAGAGACCUUCUUACAAAACACCUCCCUACAGCAAACUAUCCUACCCAGCUACAGGAGCUUCGUCAGGAAAUUCUGCAAGCUGUCGAGGACAAAACGACAUCUCAUGUACCGCUAGUGUUUGAAAAAAAGAAGCCUGUUCCUCUUAAAUUGUAUACACCCAAAAUUAUGGAAAUACUGGACUAUGGGAAAAGACGUGGAGGAACCAAAGAGGAACGAGAGCGGCAGAGGCUGAUCCAUAAACACAAGAAGGAGUUUAAGGGUGCCAUUCGAGAAAUCCGAAAAGAUUCACAGUUUUUGGCGAGGGAAAAACUUUCUGAAAUUAUGACAAGGGAUGCUGAGCGGAAGAGAAAGGUGAAGGAGCUGUUUGGAAGUCUGGCUACACAAGAGGGGGAGUGGAAGGCUCUGAAGAAAAUGAAGAUGAAACGCUGAUGAGGAGGAGGAUCAGGGGUCCUUUUAAAUAAGGCUACAGUCAGUCUGCAGCAUCAGUGCUGCUCAGUUCAAAGACUGAGAAAGUUGCUGUGCUAUGAGGAAAAUGCCAGCUUUGAAAUGCUGCAAGUUAGAACUGCAUUCCUUUUUCAACUGCUAUUCUUUUGUUGUCUACCUACCUGUGUUAUUAAAUGAAUAUUGGUAUACAAAAAAAACCCAUGUUGAUUAUUUUGUCCUUUUUGUUCUGUACUCUGAAUUGUACAUUAAAAAAAGCAUUUAGAGUAAAGAUGAACCCCUAAUCUGCAGCACCAC